AUGUGUUCUUCAUAUUCCGAGAAACAACCAUUAUUAAAACAUAAAUCAAAGCAUAAGAGAUACAAUGACAGCGAUGAGGAAAAUGAUAGCGAAAUCUCGACAAACACAAUAUGCCCCACAUUCAGUUCCCUUAUUUCAUCAACCUUUCAAUGCUUUCCAAAAUUAACAAAACAUUUAUCUAACGAAUCUGGAGAAGAAAUCAUUGACUAUUCAGAUGAUGAAGCGUCUUUACCAGAUUUACCCUAUACGGUUGGUCCUACUGCAAUUGUCUUACCCCAAUAUACACUUUCGCAACAUCAAAGGUUAAUUGAAUUAAGAAAGUUAAUGAAAAGGCAUAAUAUUGGAGUCUAUAUCAUUCCUUCAGAAGAUGAACAUCAUUCCGAAUAUACAGCAUUGGCCGAUAAGAGAAGAGAAUAUAUUUCUGGUUUCACAGGAAGUGCAGGUAUCGCAGUUGUUACUUUGACUAAUGGUGAUACUUUAGAUGGUGAAGCCGCAUUGUCAACAGAUGGAAGAUACUUCUUACAAGCAGAAAAGCAAUUAGAUCUCAGGUAUUGGAAGUUAUUAAAACAGGGGUUGCCCGAGUAUCCUACUUGGACCAAAUAUGCAAUAGAUAGUGCUAUUCAUAAUCCAUUCAGCAAAGUAAUUUCUUGCGAUCCAAGAGUGUUAAGUUUACCAAUUGGUGAAUAUUUCAAACAAUCCCGAGUAUUACAUUAUUUGAACAAAUUUGACUUCAAGCCCUUGAUCUCGGUUAAUUUAGUAGACGAAGUGUGGGGAGAUGAAAAACCAAGUAGAUCUUUAGAUCCCGUGUAUCAUUUACCACUUAAAUAUAGUGGAGAACAUACAAAUGAGAAAGUGCAAAGGGUAAGGGCAAUAAUGAAGAAGCGUGCAGGUACCCACUACUUGGUGACUGAUUUGGAUAGCGUCGCCUGGCUAUUCAAUUUGAGAGCAGAUACAGAUAUCCCAUUCAAUCCAGCAUUCUUUUCAUACGCUAUGAUUACCUUUAAUGCUGUAAUCCUCUAUAUCAACCAAAACAAGAUUGAUAAGGGGAACCAAGACAUUCAUGAUUACUUAGCUAGCAUUGAAGGAUUGCGGAUCAAAGACUAUGAAGAUUUCUACCACGAUGCAUCUCAAUUGAAGUCAACCAUCCACGACCAGAACCUUACAAUCAUCUUACCUACUAAAGCAUCAACAACGUACGCCUUAUACGAUUCUAUCCCAGAAUCAUACAGCAAGCGGAAAAUCAUCUACGAAUCAAUCAUCUCCAACUUAAAGAUCUUCAAAAACAAGACCGAAUCAUUCAACGCCAAGAUCGCCCAAUAUAAAGAUUCAUUAGCAUUCAUUGUCUUUUCAUCCUGGUUAGAGCAUGAAUUAAUCCACAAACAGGCCGAAAUAUCUGAAUAUGAUGCUGCUUGCAAGAUCUUCUCAAUUAGGGAAACCUUACCCAAUUUCAAAGGUCUCUCUUAUGAAACCAUAUCUUCGACCGGCCCAAACGCCGCCAUAAUUCAUUAUGCCCCUACCAAAGAGGAAAAUUCAAUCAUCGACCCCCAGAAAAUCUAUUUAAUCGACUCAGGUUCCCAAUUCUUAGAGGGAACAACCGAUAUCACCAGGUCUUACAUGUUUGAUCCCAAGAGUGUUACUCAGAGAUAUAAAAAAUUCUACACUCUUGUACUUAAGGGCCAUCUCGGAGUCGCAAUGGCAAAAUUCCCACCAAAUCUGAAUAAGACCGGUACAGUAUUGGACUCAUAUUCUCGACAACCACUUUGGAACGAAGGUCUUGAUUUCAACCAUGGGACAGGACAUGGUGUUGGUGCGUUUGGAAAUGUUCAUGAAGGGCCAUUAUAUAUCCUGACUACCGCGGGAGGACCCAAUCUGUUGGAUUUAUAUCGUCCGGGGGCGAUCUUGUCGGAUGAGCCGGGGUUUUAUGUGGAUGGUGAGUUGGGUAUUAGGAUUGAGAGUGAGCUUAUGGUGAUUGAAUGUGAUGAUAGUGUGGGAAAGACCAGGAAUGGAGAUAAUUUCUUGGGAUUUGAAUAUUUGACAAAAGUUCCUUUUUGUAGAAAACUUAUUGAUACUGAGCUUUUAUCCACUGUUGAAAUUAAUUGGAUAAAUGAGUAUCAUAAGAGUAUUAGAGUUGAUUUUGGUGAUAAAUUGUUAGAAAUUGGCGAUAGGAGAGCUUACAAUUGGUUAUUCAAAGAAACUGAACCAAUUUAA